UCCAACAUGAGCAGCACUGCCAGCAGCAUGAGGGGCAAGAUCAUUUUCUACGAAGAGAGGAACUUCCAGGGUCGUUCCUACGAAUGUACGAACGAUUGCUCCGACAUGUCCUCGUACCUGAGCACAUGUCAGUCUUGUCGCGUGGAGAGCGGCUGCUUCAUGCUUUAUGAGCGCCCCAGCUUCAUGGGCAACCAGCAUUUCAUGAGGAGGGGCGAGUACGCCGACCACAUCACUACGAUGGGAAUGAGGGACUGCAUUAGGUCCUGCCGCAUGAUCCCCAUGCACAGAGGUCAAUUCAGGAUGAAGAUUUAUGAAGGGGAGAAUUUCAGCGGCCAGUCCCACGAGAUACAAGAGGAAUGCGACAACAUCAUGGACCGCUACCACAUGAACGACUGCAUGUCCUGCCAGGUGAUGGAUGGCCACUGGCUUAUGUUUGAGCAGCCAAACUUCCGUGGCAGGAUGGCGUAUCUGAGGCCUGGCGAGUACCGCAACUUCAGGGAAAUGGGCAUGAACGGCAUGAGAGUCAUGAGCAUCAGGCGCAUUAUGGACUCCUGCAAUUAA